CAAAUGGUGAAGUUGAGAGAAGAACUGAACAUGCUCCAUGAAGCUGAGAGACAGCAAGAAGAAAACGACCUGGAGGCUGCCAGGAAAAGACAGAAAGCCAUCAAUGACUUGGAGCGAGGGGUAAGAAUAACUGGGGACCUGUUUUGUUGAUUGAGAUGGGGACCUGAUUUGUUGAUUGAGAUGGGGACCUGUUUUGUUUAUUGAGAAGUUAAUUUAAAAAAAAAAAAGAAAUAGAUUAAAGUAUUUAUCACCCCUAUCAUUUUUUUUUAAGCAUAUAUGAAUGUCUGGGGUGUUUUAUUGUAAAUAGUGGAUCAGAGUUAAUAUUAGAAGAGUUGAUUCUUAGAUUGUCAGAUUGUUACAUCUGGUGAUUAUAAAAAUGUGUGUCCUACAUAAGCUGUUUUAGUUUUGUGGAAUAGUAUGUAUGUGUAUCAGAGCCUGUCAAAAUGUAACUUAUUGUGUUAAAAACUUCAUUGUCACAUUUCCACAAAUGUUCUUGCAUACAAAGAUGUUGUAAAAUAUUUAGAUAAAAAAACUAAGACAGAUAAAAUUAUUUAUAAUGAAAGUGAACAUACUAGAGACGAAAUGGAAAGCUCAAUUAAAGAUACUUUUUUAUUGUAGUAAAAAUAUAUUGUAAAUUACCAAUAUUUCUUUUUAUUCCUGACAUUAAAUUAUGAACAUUUCUUGUCAUCUUUCAGCUGGAUGAUAUUCUGAGUGAACGCAGGGCUGAACUAAAACAAGAACAUCAGGCGCAGCUUACAGCCCUGCGCAGGGAACACGAGGAACAGUUGCGCAAACUUAAAGAGGAAUUUAAAGUUAAAGUUAGCAUACGUUUCAUUUCUUAUAAGUUCAUACCUAGUUAUCCUAGUUAUUAAUACUACCAGUUAACUUUAUGCCUCAUCUUCUUCUAUAUUUUGAGGGCUAAUGAUCAAUGUAUUCUGGCUCCUAGUCUACUAAAUACUGCCAGUCUUAUAAAGUUCAUUCCUAGUUAUUAAAUACUGCCAGUCUUAUAAAGUUCAUUCCUAGUUAUUAAAUACUGCCAGUCUUAUAAAGUUCAUUCCUAGUUAUUAAAUACUGCCAGUCUUAUAAAGUUCAUUCGCAGUUAUUAAAUACUACCAGUCUUAUAAAGUUCAAACCUAGUUAUUAAAUACUGCCAGUCUUAUAAAGUUCAUUCCUAGUUAUUAAAUACUGCCAGUCUUAUAAAGUUCAUUCCUAGUUAUUAAAUACUGCCAGUCUUAUAAAGUUCAAACCUAGUUAUUAAAUACUGCCAGUCUUAUAAAGUUCAUUCCUAGUUAUUAAAUACUGCCAGUCAGCCAUAUCUCAAAUCUUUCACGGGUAGUGAACUUCAUCAAAUGAUUUCUAAUUUUUUAUAACCACAAAUACUUUUCAACCAUUCAUGGUGUAAAUUAAUGCACAUGUACAUAUUUAAUUUAUAUGUACCUUUAUUUAAAAAAAUUUUAUAUUUGCAAUCAGUCAGUUUUAAAUAAAUACAUAUCUUUUAAAUGAAUCGAAUUGACAGUAAAUAAUAUAUUUACAGAAAGUAAAGAAACAAUAGAUACAUGUUCAUUUUAAAGUCAGACUCCCACAUGAGUUGGUGGACUCAACACUAAUGUAAACAUUGGCUAGUCAGUAUCAAAUAUUAAUAAUUACUAAAUUAUCUGUAUCAAAUUUGAAGAUUGGCUUAUUAAGUGUAUAAAAUGUCAUGAUUGGCUUAUCAUCCCUACCCAUUGUGUGCACUGAUAGAUACUGUCUGAACAAGACAAGCUGGCCACAGAGCUAGAGCAACAGAAGAAUCAGCUGCAGCGACAGCAUGACAGAGAGGUUGAGGAGAUGAAGC